GCACAAUCGUCGACCAAGUUUCACCCGCGUUCGGUUCAAGUUUGUCAGACUGUUGACCGACUUAACGUAGGUCGUACCGCUCGCUCGUCGUGGUACUCGGUCGAGUCAAUCGGCGUGUUUUCAGUGUGGAAAGCCGGCCGUCUCGAUCUCCUUUUUCCACUCCAUUUGCUUUCGAUAAGGGUGAAGUGUUCUAUUAUUGUUGCAGUACCGAAUGUGGAGUUUUAGUUUCAUUAGAAGUGAACCAAACUAUAGUGCAGUGCAGUCAAAUUUUUCGUUGGUUCUCAAACGCACCCCUGACCACCAACCAAACCACCCAAACGAAGAACAUUCGAAAAAGUUCAACCGAAUAAUGUUCAAUACACGAGUUUUUUGAACGAAUUUGGCGUAAAAUUAAAAAAAUUGCUAUCAAACUAUUUUUAAUUUCAAUGGAGCGUACUUGAACUUUGACAUGGUCUUAAGUUAUGUACGAUGGCUCCGUCACCAGUACUGUCCUGGAACGCAUUAUGAUGAUCAUGUAGUGAGUGAAACUAUAUCGGAAGUAAGAAAAGUAAUUUUUGCGUGCCGGUAGUGUUGGGGCAAUAAUGCGCCAGUGUCGAUACGAAAAUGGCUAGACCCAAGAAAGUGUUGAAGGUAAUCUUGGGUAUCAUUAUGGGGGUGAUAUUUUCGCAGUUAUUUACUAGUACUUCGAAAUUUUGCCCAUCUCAUACUGUUGAAAAAAGUGAAGAAGUCGAUAACAAAGAUUCCUUGGCUGGCAAAUCUACACCGAGGAGCAAGAAUUUACUACUCGUUGGUGUAAUGACAGCUGAGCAAUAUUUAAGCACUCGUGCGAAAGUAGUAUGGAACACCUGGGGCCAAGAAGUACCGGGCAGAAUGUUGAUUUUCUCCUCAGAAAAUUCGACUAGUGCGGAAAUUCCUCUCGUUGCCCUGUCGGGCAUCGACGACAGUUAUCCUCCUCAAAAAAAGUCGUUCACCAUGCUCAAGUACAUGCACGACAACUUCAUCGAUCAGUUCGAGUGGUUUAUGCGAGCAGAUGAUGAUCUCUAUGUCCGAAACGACAAGCUGGAGGAACUGUUGAGGGCCAUUGAUUCGCGGAAGCCGCUGUUUAUCGGACAGACUGGACGCGGAACUAAAGAGGAGCGAGGACAUCUUUCGUUGGACACAGAUGAAAACUUCUGCAUGGGAGGACCAGGGAUGAUAAUGAGCAGGGAGACUCUAAAGAGAAUCGCGCCGUUUAUUGAGGAUUGUCUAGUGAACCUCUACACGACUCACGAGGAUGUGGAAAUUGGUCGAUGCGUUAAAAAGUUUGCUGGAGUUUCUUGCACGUGGAAUUAUGAGAUGCAAGUGGUGUUCUAUCACAACAAAAGCGGAAAUGCUGCGUAUUCUGGAAACUUGAAGACCAAAGAAGUCCACAAAGCUAUCACACUGCACCCGUUGAAACAUCCGGAAUAUACGUACAGACUUCACAAGUAUAUUCAAGGAUUGAAAAUUCAAGACGCCCUACAGAAGUCAAUUUUGCUUCAUCGAGAUAUCGCCAAAUCAAUGCAGGAAUUGGGAUAUAAUAUGAGCAGCCUGGAAAACGCCAUGCUCGAAAAGGAUAUGCCGUUGUUUCCAGAAAAAAAGGGAACCAAUGGUUAUUUAGGAGAUACAGCUUUGCUUGGAAUACCAGCCAGUAUUAACAGAUACCAGCCAAGAAAUCUGACGAACGUCUUAGAAUGGGAGCUGAUUUCAAAAACGCUCUACUCGCAUCGGGAUUUAAAUCCCCGAAAGCGAAUUGGGUCAUCCUUAAAAGAAGGAUUGGGAGACGUUACUAGAGAGUUAAUGGAACUAAUCAACUCAUAUUCGAAGCAACGUGGUCGUGUGAUUGAUUUCCGUGAGAUUUUGUAUGGUUACUGGAGGCUAAACCCUGUCCAUGGAGUCGAUCUCAUACUGGACCUUCUCCUCGUGUACAGGAAAUAUCGAGGCCACAAGAUGACUGUGCAGGUCCGGAGGCAUGCCUAUGUGCAGCAAACGUUUACAGGAACUUUUAUUCGAGAAAUUCCGAAUCCUUCCGCUACUGUGUCUAAGGAUGGAAACAUGCUGGACAAAGUGAUAAAUAAAAUCAGCAACAGAAUUGGACUACUGCCAUUCAACCGUGAUAGUCAGAGUGAAACUGUGAUAAAUUUCCUGCUGCCCCUGAGCGGUCGCCAUGAUACCUUUAAGAGAUUCCUAGCCAUGUAUGAGGAUGUGUGUAUAAAAAAUUGGGAGGCCACGAAGCUCCAUGUGAUAUUAUUUAGAAGCAGUGAGAGUCCAAGUGAUUAUAAUGCUACGCUAUCACUCAUCAACAGCACUAAUCAUAGAAUUAACGCGAAUAAAAACCAGCAGACAAUCAAUGUGAUCGACAGUGGUGUUGGAGAGACUUUUUCCCGAGCCAGUGCCUUGCAGAAAGCUGUGAAUGUGCUUUCACCAACUGAUUUGAUGCUUUUUAUCGACGUAGAUAUCGUGUUCGAUCAGUCCUUUUUGAGGCGAGUUCGGAGGAACACUUUCAUAGGAAGAAGCGUCUAUUUUCCUAUUUUGUAUAGUUUAUACAGUCCGAAGUUGUUGGAUAUUGAGCUGCAAACCUACGCAAACACCAGCUUCUCCUACUUCACCAGUAAUCAGACUGAUGCCAACAGAGGCUUUUGGAGACAGUUCGGUUUUGGUAUAGCUUCGAUGUACAAAAUCGAUUACCAAGCUUUAGGGGGUUUCGACAUUAAAAUCACUGGUUGGGGCAUGGAAGACGUGAUGUUCUUCGACAAUAUCGUCGAAAAACACGUCUAUAAAAUAAUUAGGUGCGUCGAUCCAGGAUUGAUCCACGUUUUCCACGAAGUGAAGUGCGAUUCUAAAGAUUUGGAUGCCGAACAGAAAUCUAUGUGUUUGGGUACCAAAGGCAGCACUUUGGGCUCCCUGUAUAGUUUGCAAACACUUUUCGAGAAAUACAGAGCAAUGUUUAGGUAGCGCCAGUCCUGUAUAGACUGUAGUAAACUGAAUCUGUCCUAGUGAAAAGCAGCUCAAUAGCGACUACUUUCAUAUGUAUUAUAUCAUUCACAGGGUAUUUAAUGUAUUGAAAGUUUCUGGAAAUUCAGGCCUCUGAUAUUGGAAAAAACAAUCAGAGCCCCAAACUUUCUGGGCAAUAAUAGUGUACUAAUUAAUAAAAACAUAUGCGUUAAGAUUGUCGUAGACUGUGAUGUUCACUUGGAAGCAACUACUUUUGAUAUUAAUUCACUAGAGUGUAUUUAUGUAGAAUUAAAUUAUGUGUAAAAUUAAUAAAUUAGCGGAAAAACUUC